AUGCAGAUAACGUUUUGGAAAAAACAUAUUUUAGAGGCCGUCGAAAGAAAGUCUUCGGCAGACCGGACAUGCGCGGAGAAACCUUGCGGUGUUGACGCAGAACUCUGCGAUAGGGAAAAAACCUUUGGAAAGGCCGGACGUGCGGUGGAUAGACGUAGUAAAACCCUAGGAUUUUUUUCGAAUGCUGAAGCAAUAGUCGGAGGAUUGGUCGUGAGAUUACGGACUGAUCUUGAAGGCCGAACGAACCCAAAUAAUAACGAUAAUAACAAUAAUAUCAACGAUGACCUUUGCGCAGUAUUCAGGCACCCACACUGCGAUACGAAUCGCGGCGAUAUAUACAAGGAGAAGAGAAUUAUACGUUAA